ACGCACAUUGGCUGACGCACGCGGUAUAAAUCCCUAUUUUCUGACGUCAGCGGCCUCUUCCCUGCCUAAGCCUUCGUGAGGUGGGCAGCGUAAAACUUCCUGUCUGGUUUCUUCACCGAGCGAAUCCAAAACCAUCCGUCAAAAUGGUGAACUUUACCGUAGACCAGAUCCGUGCCAUCAUGGACAAAAAGGCCAAUAUCCGUAACAUGUCCGUGAUUGCGCACGUAGACCAUGGAAAGUCAACUCUGACAGACUCGCUGGUGUCGAAAGCCGGGAUCAUUGCCUCAGCCCGUGCUGGAGAAACCCGUUUCACGGACACGCGCAAAGAUGAACAGGAACGCUGCAUUACCAUCAAGUCUACCGCCAUCUCUCUGUACUACGAGCUGACAGAAAAUGACUUAGCCUUCAUUAAGAAGUCCAAGGAUGGCGUUGGCUUCUUGAUCAACCUGAUUGACUCACCCGGACACGUUGACUUCUCCUCUGAAGUUACUGCUGCUCUCAGAGUGACUGAUGGAGCCCUUGUUGUAGUGGAUUGCGUGUCUGGUGUUUGUGUGCAAACUGAGACUGUGCUCCGUCAGGCCAUUUGCGAGCGUAUCAAGCCAGUCCUGAUGAUGAACAAAAUGGAUCGUGCCUUGUUGGAGUUGCAGAUUGAACCAGAAGACCUUUACCAGUCUUUCCAGCGCAUUUGUGAGAAUGUCAAUGUCAUCGUCUGUACUUAUGGAGAAGAAGACGGACCUAUGGGCAACAUCCAAGUUGAUCCAGUUGUAGGUACCGUUGGCUUUGGCUCUGGACUCCAUGGCUGGGCUUUCACCCUGAAGCAGUUUGCAGAGAUGUAUGCAGCCAAGUUUGCUGCCAAGGGCAACACCCAAAUGUCACCAGAGGAGCAUUGCAAGAAGGUGGAAGACAUGAUGAAGAAACUGUGGGGUGACAGAUACUAUGAUGUAGAUGCUGGAAAGUUCUCCAAGUCUUCAGUUGGCGCUGAUGGCAAAAGGCACCCUCGCACCUUUGUUGCUCUUGUCUUGGACCCCAUUUACAAGGUGUUCAAUGCCAUCAUGAACUUCAAUAAAGAGGAAACUGCCAAACUGAUCGAAAAGCUGGAAAUUAAGUUGGAUUCUGAGGACAAGGAAAAGGAGGGUAAGCCUCUCCUGAAGGCUGUCAUGCGUCGCUGGCUGCCCGCUGGAGUAGCCCUUCUGCAAAUGAUCACAAUCCACCUGCCUUCCCCGGUCACUGCCCAGCAGUACCGCUGCGAGUUGCUCUAUGAAGGUCCUAAUGAUGAUGAGGCCGCCAUGGGUAUCAAGAACUGUGACCCCAAAGCUCCCUUGAUGAUGUACAUCUCAAAGAUGGUCCCUACCAGUGACAAGGGUCGCUUUUACGCAUUUGGUCGUGUGUUCUCUGGGUCUGUCUCCACUGGCCUGAAAGUACGCAUCAUGGGCCCUAACUUUACCCCUGGAAAGAAGGACGAUCUUUGCUUGGCACCAAUUCAGAGGACCAUUUUGAUGAUGGGCCGUUACACUGAGCCCAUUGAAGACGUGCCAUGUGGUAACAUCGUGGGUCUGGUUGGAGUGGACAAGUUCCUUGUCAAGACUGGGACCAUCACCACCUAUGAGCAGGCACACAACAUGAAAGUGAUGAAGUUCAGUGUCAGCCCUGUGGUGAGGGUUGCUGUGGAGGCCAAAAACCCUGCUGACCUGCCCAAGCUGGUGGAGGGUUUGAAGCGUCUGUCCAAGUCCGAUCCUAUGGUGCAGUGUAUCAUUGAGGAGUCUGGAGAACAUAUCAUUGCAGGAGCUGGAGAGCUGCAUCUGGAGAUCUGUCUGAAGGAUCUGGAGGAGGAUCAUGCUUGCAUUCCAAUCAAGAAAUCUGAUCCAGUGGUGUCCUACAGGGAGACAGUCAGUGCACCAUCAAGUGUCAUGUGUCUGUCAAAGUCCCCCAACAAGCACAACCGUCUGUUCAUGAGGGCCCGUCCCUUCGAGGAUGGCCUUGCAGAGGACAUUGAGAAGGGUGACGUUGCUGCUCGUCAGGAGCUUAAGCUCCGCGCCCGUUUCCUUGCUGAGAAGCAUGGAUGGGAUGUCACUGAGGCCAGAAAGAUCUGGUGCUUCGGACCUGAUGGAACUGGCCCCAACAUGCUGGUGGAUGUCACCAAAGGAGUGCAGUACCUCAAUGAGAUCAAGGAUAGCGUAGUGGCUGGCUUCCAGUGGGCUGUCAAGGAGGGUGUCCUCUGUGAAGAGAACAUGCGUGCCAUUCGCUUUGACAUCCAUGAUGUAACCCUGCAUACAGAUGCUAUUCACCGUGGUGGCGGUCAGAUUAUUCCUACAGCUCGCAGAGUUCUGUAUGCAUGUGAGCUCACCGCCGAACCUAGACUCAUGGAGCCUGUCUACCUGGUAGAGAUCCAGUGUCCUGAAGGUGCUAUUGGUGGAAUCUACGGCGUGCUGACCAAGAGGCGUGGUCAUGUGUUUGAUGAGUACAGAGUACAAGGGACACCCAUGUAUGUCGUCAAGGCCUAUCUGCCUGUCAUGGAGUCAUUUGGUUUCACAGCUGACCUUCGAUCCAACACUGGUGGCCAGGCCUUCCCACAGUGCGUGUUUGACCACUGGCAGAUCCUUUCUGGAUGCCCAAUGGAUCCUACAACCAAGCCUGCUGUAGUCGUUGCAGACACACGCAAGCGCAAGGGUCUCAAGGAAGGUAUCCCAGCUUUGGACAACUACCUGGACAAAUUGUAAAAGUCUGAUCCCACUUGCCUCAUUCCUCCAUUCCCACCAAAUUAAAGUCUACAUCGUGGGACUGGACUGUACAGAACACAGUGAUAACUAAUGUUUGCCACAAGGAUUGACGAUAACAGAUAAAUGAACACAAAAAUUGUAAACGAUAAAUGACAAUAAAAACGUAAGGUUCCA